GUAUGAUAAUGUCGGAAUAUGCUAUCUCCGAGCAUGUAGUUUCCCAAAAGCAUCACUAGGCACUAAAACCUUGUGAAACCUUUUAAUGGUCAUACUUAAUAAUGAUUAUUACUCUUCUUUCCACUUAGGCCAUCCCGCUUGAAAGCUACUAAUCCACUGUUCUAUGCCCGCCUAACCUCUGUGACCCAACAAUUCGCGAGCAUAGUAGAUUCCUUAUAGGGUGUCACGGUUUUCUAUAGUUGGGUGUUGAAUUUGCUAUUAUCCUCAAUACCUUCAAUCAUGGCAUCAGACAUUCGUGUUUCCGCGAUGAAAACCCCUAUAGAUAUUGCAGAAUACCUGUUUACUCGGCUAUAUCAACUUGGGGUGCGAACAGUACAAGGCGUCCCUGGAGAUUAUAACCUAGCUGCAUUGGAUUAUAUCCCAAAAGUCGGGCUCAAGUGGGUUGGGAACUGUAAUGAAUUGAAUGCCGGGUACUCUGCCGACGCGUACGCUCGGAUCAAAGGAAUUUCAGCAAUUGUUACAACAUUUGGGGUCGGUGAACUCUCGGCCUUGAAUGCGAUUGCCGGGGCAUAUUCAGAGCAUGUUCCGGUGGUGCAUAUCGUUGGCCAACCCAGCACUGCGUCGCAGAGGGAUGGCAUGUUACUUCACCAUACCUUGGGAAACAGUGACUAUAAUGUGUUCGCAAACAUCAGCGCCAAUCUCGCUAUCACAGUGGCAAAGAUCACGGAUCCUCAUGAUGCACCAACAUUGAUUGAUCAUGCAUUGCGGGAGUGCUGGAUGCAAUGUCAACCGGUAUACAUUGCUUUACCCACAGAUAUGGUAGAGCAGAAGGUUGAAGGAGAACGCCUUCAAACUCCAAUCGACCUUGAUGAGCCUGUAAAUGAAGCAGAAAAAGAGGAAUACGUGGUAGAUGUGGUGUUGAGAUAUCUUCGUGUCGCUAAAAAUCCGGUUAUUCUGGUUGAUGCUGGGGCAAUCCGUCACGGUGUGCUUAGAGUCAUUCAUGAAUUGAUCCAGAAAACUGGCUUCCCGACCUUCGUCACACCCAUGGGGAAAGGUGCAGUGGAUGAGACCCUACCUAACUUUGGAGGUGUAUAUGCGGGGACAGGUUCCAAUGAGGGCGUCGCCACGAGGGUGGAGUCUGCUGACUUGAUCCUCAGCAUCGGGCCUUUGAAAUCAGACUUCAAUACAACGGGAUUCUCAUACCGUACCAGUCAGCUAAACACCAUCGACUUUUACAGCGACCAUGUUCAGGUUCGGUAUUCACUGUAUCCGAAGGUGAGGAUGCGAGGCAUUCUUCAAAAAGUCAUGGCCAGGAUGGGCUACCUAUAUGUCCGACCUGAAGCCACAUCUUUCAGAGGCACAAUGCACAGUAGCACCCUUGAGGUAUCAAAUGGGCCCAUCACGCACUCAUGGUUAUGGCCAGCAGUCGGUAACUGGCUGCAGGAGGGCGAUAUUGUCAUUACUGAGACAGGUACUGCAAACUUUGGAAUAUGGGAAACGAGAUUUCCCAAGGGUGUUACUGCGAUCAGUCAGGUCCUCUGGGGUAGCAUCGGAUAUUCUGUAGGUGCAUGCCUUGGAGCUUCAUUGGCUGUCCGAGAGGCUGAGAAGCGGAGAGUAAUACUCUUUGUUGGAGAUGGCAGCUUCCAAAUGACGGCACAAGAAGUGAGUACAAUGAUACGCCAGGAAUUGAAUCCUAUCAUAUUUGUAAUCUGCAACAGUGGAUACACUAUCGAACGCUAUAUCCACGGCUGGGAUGAAGAAUAUAACGAUAUUCAUCCAUGGAAGCAUGGUGCUUUGGUUGAGGCAUUUGGGGCCCAAUGUCAACAUUCUUACAGUACCUACCAAGCUUCAACCAGGGAUGAGCUUACAUCAUUACUUAACAAUACCCGCUUCUCCUCUGCUCCUCAUUUUCAGCUUGUGGAAUUAUACAUGCCUAAAGAUGAUGCACCUGCGGCUCUCCAGCUUACUGCCGCAGCGGCAGCGGCGAGAAACUCACCGACAUAAUAAACGAUGCUUGCGACGAGAUAGCUGUGACUGUUCCCUGUCUACGCCUCUGCAAGAGGAUGCAUAAUGAACUAAUCUGUAGCCGGAAGGGUCUUUUGAAAUGUUUAUUUUGAAUAAGUAUGUAGUGUGGUGAAGUUUUAUGGGUACUUAACACAGAGAAUUUGUCGAUAUAGUAAUAGGUCUCUAAUAUUGUGUAUGUGUUGUGUUAGGUGUCGAAUGACUUUGGGUUUCUAUA